GUUGGCGGAAGGGAAAGAGAUCGCGUUUUUUCCCCCGUCUGGCGGGCGGAGGCUCGUCUCGGGCGGCAUUUUGUAUCGUCAGAUUUUCUCAGCUCGGCGCCUGAACAGUUCUGAGUGGCUUGCGGCGCGAUCCGACGCGGUUCCAUGGAGUAAGACCUCGGAAUCGAGUGGAGCGAGGAGCUAGGCCCCUUUCCCCUUGCAUCCCAACAUGGCUAACAACAGCCCCGCGCUGACAGGCAACGCGCAGCAGCAGCAACUGCAGCAGCAACAAUUGCAACAGCAGCAGUUGCAGCAGCAGCAGUUGCAGCAGCAGCAAUGUGGAGGAGGCGGCGUAGGCCUCAAGCCCGCCCUGUCUGGCAAGCAAGGCAACGUGCUCCCCCUCUGGGGCAACGAGAAGACCAUGAACCUGAACCCCAUGAUCCUCACCAACAUCCUGUCGUCGCCCUACUUCAAGGUGCAGCUCUACGAGCUCAAGACCUACCACGAGGUGGUGGACGAGAUCUACUUUAAGGUCACUCAUGUGGAGCCGUGGGAGAAAGGAAGCAGGAAAACUGCUGGCCAGACAGGGAUGUGCGGAGGGGUUCGAGGUGUUGGAACAGGAGGCAUUGUUUCCACGGCAUUUUGCCUAUUAUACAAAUUAUUUACUCUGAAGUUAACUCGCAAACAAGUGAUGGGUCUUAUAACACACACAGAUUCUCCGUAUAUCCGAGCCCUUGGAUUUAUGUAUAUAAGGUAUACACAGCCCCCCACAGACCUCUGGGAUUGGUUUGAAUCCUUCCUUGAUGAUGAAGAGGACCUAGAUGUGAAGGCUGGCGGAGGCUGUGUAAUGACCAUUGGAGAAAUGCUGCGAUCUUUUCUCACAAAACUCGAGUGGUUUUCUACCUUGUUUCCAAGAAUUCCUGUUCCAGUUCAGAAGAAUAUUGAUCAACAGAUUAAAACUCGGCCUAGAAAAAUAAAAAAAGAUGGGAAAGAAGGCACAGAGGAAAUAGACAGACAUGUUGAACGAAGGCGUUCAAGGUCUCCUAGAAGAUCUCUGAGUCCACGGAGGUCUCCAAGAAGAUCAAGAAGUAGAAGCCAUCAUCGGGAGAGUCAUGGAUCUUCUAGUUUUGACAGGGAAUUGGAGAGAGAGAAAGAACGCCAGCGACUAGAGCGGGAAGCCAAAGAAAGGGAAAAAGAAAGGCGAAGAUCUCGAAGUAUUGAUCGGGGGUUGGACCGCAGGCAUAGCAGGAGUAGAGAAAGGCAUAGAAGUCGGAGUCGGAGCCGUGAUAGAAAAGGAGAUAGAAGGGACAGGGACCGAGAAAGAGAGAAAGAAAAUGAAAGAGGUAGACGAAGAGACCGUGACUAUGAUAAAGAGAGAGAAAAAGAGAGAGAGCGGUCAAGAGAAAGGUCCAAGGAACGGAGAAGUAGGGGUGAGUUAGAGGAGAAGAAACACAAAGAAGACAAGGACGAUAAGCGACAUAGAGAUGACAAAAAAGAGUCCAAGAAAGAGAAAAAACACAGUAGAAGUAGAAGCAGAGAACGGAAACAUAGAAGUCGGAGUAGAAGUAGAAAUGCAGGAAAACGAAGUAGGAGCAGGAGCAAAGAGAAGUCAAGUAAACAUAAAAAUGAAAGUAAAGAAAAAUCAAAUAAGCGAAGUAGAAGUGGCAGUCAAGGAAGAACUGACAGUGUUGAAAAAUCACGAAAACGGGAACAUAGCCCCAGCAAAGAAAAAUCUAGAAAGCGUAGCAAAAGCAAAGACCGUUCCCACAAACGCGAUCACAGUGAUAGUAAGGACCAGUCUGACAAACAAGAUCGUCGACGGAGCCAAAGUAUAGAACCAGAGAACCAAGAAAAACAACAUAAAAGCAAAGAUGAGACUGUGUAAUUUUUUUUGUAAGAGUGGAUCACAUUGAAUCCUAUAAAUGUUUGAUUAAAUCUGCUCCCCCUCUUCCCCCGAGUUGAGAUUGUGCAGUAGUUUCGCACUCUUUAAGCUCCUUGUAGGCUGCAUUUUCAUUUCCUCUUUUGUGUAGGGAAGUGCCUUUGUAAUCCCAUUUCUUGCAUUGAUGUUUUCACCCAGUUGUUGAGUUUGAUACAUGAUGCACAGAUUGUUCUUGAAUUUCUAUUUGUUUUUGAAAUGUACAGUCUGUACAUAUGUCCUAAAAAUGUUAAAUUCUUUGGCUUAGUUGCCAUGUUGGUUAAAUUUGUAUGAGGCAAUAAACUGCCACUAAUUCUAUUUUUCGUUCUGUAGGUGUGGGAUUAUGGUUUGUGUACUAAAGUUAGCAUGGCUGUGCUUUUCAUAAUAGAAUGCUAAAGACUUUGAGAAUGGAUUUUGGAUAUCUAUUAUAGGAGAAUUAUGUGCUUUCGAUGUACAUGAAGGCAGCAAUUGUAGGAUUAACAUUCUUGUCCACUGUAUAUUAUCUUGAAAGGCUCUUGUUAAUAUGUUCCACUUAAUAUUCUCCACAGUUAACUUUAGAGAGAAUUUAUGAGAAGUUAGUUUCUGGUGAGAGAUUUAAAUUAGGUUGUGAUUUGAUCAGAAGUCCUUUUAGCAUUCUACCUCAAAGGGACACUGUUAGUAUGCCUAAAAUUAUUCACUUAGGUUUUUUUAUUUGUAAAAAUACAUGACAUGUAAUCUUUCUUUUAAUUCUCAGAUUUUAAAGUACUAUAUUAAAAAUAAUUAAUGUCUAAAGCCUAGCAUUCUUGCAGCAACUCUAUACUAACGUGAAGUUGGGAGAGGGUGGGGCAGAAAAGUAGAUAGAUUGAAGCCUCAAGCUUCCAAAGCAUUUUUAUAAAUGGAAAAUACUUAAAUUAUGAAACAGCUUGGUAUAGUGUCCUUUUUUUAAAAUUUAGAACUUUUUUUAUUGAUGAUGAAGAUUGCUGUUUUGAGUUUUUAAACAAUCUAGAACAAGAGUAUUAAAAGUAAUGCUGUGCUGCAAUAUUUAAGAUUAUCAGCAAAUUUGGUAGAUUGUUCAUAUGACUUGUAUUCUGAUUAUAGAGAAACAUCAUGAGUGGAAUAAAUACUGGAUUAAAUCUUU